CCGAUUGCUCCCGAGCGUAUCAGUCAUAUCAGUGUAACCGCGGGCGCGACGGCUCUCGCGAGCAGGUCUCGUUGGCCCCUACAAGUAUUAUACCUAUACUUGAUUGUAUCCUAUCUCGAUACGCGAUAUACUAAAAAAAAAAAAAAAAAAAAAAAAAAAUCGUUUGCUCCACGUGUUUGUUCGUACAUACUUGGUGCUUUCGUUCUUUAUUCCGAGAUCUUGAAAACUCACAACCUGCCGAUUGUCAUUUUCGAUCGAAGUAAGAUUGAAAAAUAAGAAAGCUCGUACUGUUCGUAACAUCCAGUGCUGGACACAUUUCCAUAGCUCUCGAGGAGACUUGGGAAGCGCUUGUAUAUAUACAAUUAUUACGUACAUAUAUAAUAUAUGUGUCAAUGAUAUUAUAAGUAUACACACUUGGAAAGAGUAAAGCAGAGUAACGCGAGUACCUAUUAUAGUAUACUUACUUGUCCUGCACAUCGCCGGGAGCAGGUUUUCGAAAGCAAUCGUCAAGUUAAAACCGCAUAAAAAGAUAUAGGGAGAACAGCAGCAGCACGAGAAUGAAGCCUCCGACGUACAAUCCCGAAGAGAUUCAGCACCAGCAGAUCAGUCAGGAGCAGGGAGAGCGCAAUGUUGCGAUGGCCGUGUGCGUCCAGUUGGCCGGCAGGGCCAUCAUCCGAGUCGUCUCGCGCUGCGAGGAGGCGCAGGACAACUGCAACCUUGAUCUGUCAGAAUGCCAAUUGAUGCAGGUACCAGAUGCCGUCUAUCACCUAAUGCGACACACGGAACUCAAGAGCUGCGACCUUUCCGGCAAUGUCAUCACCAAGAUACCCCCGAAAUUCGCCGUCAAGUUCUCUCUUAUCACCGAGUUGAACCUCAGCCACAACCAGAUGAGCAAACUGCCCGAGGAGCUGUCCGAACUCCAGGCCCUCGAGAGACUCGACAUAUCACACAAUGCCUUUAUCGAUCUACCCACUGUCACCUGUCGGAUACCUCAGCUCAAACGUUUACUCGCCAACAACAACUCCAUCAUAGAAAUCGACGUUGAAAUGCUCAGACACGCGCCAACGUUAGAAUUCGUCGAUCUCAAAGAGAACCCGCUUCCGGCGCGGACACACGAUAGUUUGCAGGACCUCGCGGUGCGACUGAGAAUCGAGUUGUCGCCCAGACAACGCGAGGAGUGGGAGGACCUCUGAGCUCUCUCGAUCACUCCCCAUAUGCUGAUCAUCGCACUCACAGAGACACUUGUAUGCAUGACUUACCUGUUGGGGUACUUACUUAAUUUUCUUUUGCAUCCACAUGGUCGAUCUUCCGUUCCAACGUCCCCACGAGUCGCGCACCGACUCAACUUAUAGGCACUCGCAAUACCAUACUCAAGUGUAUAAAAUAUUGUGUAUGCGCUCACACACAUGAAGAAAAACGAAUGCUCAGAUUUUGCGUUACUCGAUCUUUUCCUUUAUUUUUACUUUUCACGAUUUUUUUUUUUUUUCACGUACAUCAAUGAUUCAUAUGUGAUAAUUAAUUAUUUUUACAGCGUUUACGCGGGCGCGUGAAUGUACAGUUGUGCAUGCAAGACGCGAUCGGUGUUAUCGAGCAUUGAUUUUUACGAAACUUGGUAAUUUUAUUUAAUCUGACUCAACCAAUUAUUAAAAUUUUAGUGAUAUAUUUUUUUCGUCAACAAGCGCACAGUGUACUCGUAUCGGUUGCUUAAACUUGACAUAAAAUUAUAAUAUACGUAUUGUUCCGUACGUGUAGGUGAAUUGCGUGAUCUAUUUAAAAAAAAUUAAUGAUGAAUUUACGUGGAUGGUGUUGUAUAAUUUUUACCCUACAGAGCUAUCCGAAAUCAUGAUUCGAUGACCACGAUCAAUUUGAAACGAUUAUUAUCAUUCGUUAGGGUAUGUAAAUAAGUAUACCAUCGUCUUAUUUUUGAAUAACUUUAUCUUGAACUUUUUUCGAUUGAAAUCGCAACAGUACAAAUUUAACAUCGAUUUAUCCUAAGAUUGAAAGUUACGAAACACAAUUCAUUUUUUUGUUGAUUCAUUUAUCGGAAAAUCUUAAUCGCGCAUGAAAUCACGUGAAAAAUGCAUGUAAAAAAAUUUUACAACAGUGGUACUAUAGGUCAAUUGGUGGAUAGCUCUCUAUGUAGUACGAUGGACAAAAGUGCUCGACUAUUAUGUACUUACGAUUAGUAUGUAUUAGUAUGUAUUGUUACGAUGCAAUGGGUGAACAGUAUAUAAGAUGUGUGAUAGUUGCGAAUGGCGCCAGCCAAUAAGUAUUCUCCGAAUACUUGUUACAUCCUCAUUUCAUAAAAUAAAAUUUGUUCGAUGCGGAUGCAACGAUGCAUCGUCGGUCAAGCCUUGGUACCUCAAAAGUGUUUUGCGCUAUAAUAAACUGCAUCGUGUAGAAAAUAUAUAAGUAAUGUGUACAGAUAUUUAUAUACCUACUCUUGUGCAAUUAUCGAUCCAACUUUUUGUUACUUGGAAAAUUGAAAAAAAAAACCUACAUUCUUGUCAUGAUCCGUGCAUUUCAAUUCGCAUUAUUUUCAACGUGAAUUGAAUAAAAAUUUGCGACGUGUACUUUUUAUUGAUAAAUGUCACAGAUAAGAAUGUGUACCUAAAUAUACAAAUUUAUACAACUUUUAUAAAUAAUCGAAAUAUUUAUUUACAUGUAUCUUGAUUUUGGUGUCGAGUUAAAAAUUUACGUUUGAAAAAAAAGCCGUUUGAUGCUUAAUGAUCAAUUUAAACAUAAUUGCUGUUAAUCAAACGAAGCCGAGCGCAAUUGAAAAUAUGAAGCGAACACUUUCGACUGGAUUUCAUACUGUGAUAUUAUGUACAUGACAAAAAAAACCAAACCUAAAGUAAAAGUGGAUUAUCGUCAAAUCCAUGUAAUAUGCACAUGUUUUAUAUAUGAAAGGCUAUUAUUUUCUAAAGAUAUCGUCGAUCUAUAUUGUUAAUUCAACAAUCAAGUUUAACUAUAUGAAAGAUAAUACACGAUUUUUUUUACUCAUUGAUCACAUUUUUGCAGAUAAAAAAAACAACUUCUUUAGUUUAGGGAUUUUCGUCAACGAUCGUUUGGUAUUCAUAAUUUAAUAUGUAUAAAUAAUGUAAAAUUUUACAUUCAGUAAACUUAUGCUAACAUUGUAGAUAAUAUAUUUAUUUAUUUGAAAUAACAAAAAGCAAACAAAUCCAGCUAGUCACUUUCUAGCAGUUUGAAAUUUGUUUGUCUUCAUCAAACGUUUAAUAAUAUUAACACAAGCCGUUUGCAUGACAAUAAAUACGACUGCCAAUAAUAAAAUUCGUCACGGCCCACCGUAGAGUGUUACCUACUUUUCGGCCGUUGAUUAUAUAUACUUAGUGCCUUUUCAGUGGCAGCGGCAAUAACAACAGCUAAAGCACACACCUGUAUUUAUAUCUACAUGUAAAACUUAACAUAAAUGUUAUACAAGUGUGAGAUUUCAACGUGACUAAUGAAUAUGUACCAAUGUGUGCGUGCUACGAGCUGGCGGUACUAUUUGACUAGAAAACUAUCGUGAUCGAGAAUAUGGAAUAUUUUCAAUCUCAACGCGCAAUAAUAUAAAUAAUUUGUAAUUAAAAUAUAUUUGUUUAACUAACCGAUUAACUUUUUUUUAACACAUACAACUGUACUACUAUUGUAUUUUAUUAACCAGAGAGAUUGAACAUGUUUUAGAGCACAGUAAUGCCAUCCGAGUUGUACUAAGAUCUAGGAUGAUUGUGCAAAAAUUUUAUCAACUACAUUUUUAUGCGUUUAUAUUUGUAACAUAUUGUAUUUUUGAUCUAGUCAACUGUCCACUGGACGUAAUACACUUUGUGAGAUUACAAGAUA